UUUACAAACAUGGCAGUUGUAAAAUUUUAAGUAUUAUUCUAGAAAAUGAAAAUAUCAAUUUAGAAAACAUCGAUGAAAAAUGUAUCGCCGCCUAGCAUCUAAUCGAAAUACUCUUUGCAAUGGAUUUAUUCCUAUACUGAAGCGGUACGAGCACAAAAUGCCUGAAAGGCUGAAGUCGGUUAUAACAGACAAGGAUCCCGGGUUCUCAGACAUGAUAGCGUACUACUAUCACAAGGCCGCCCAGAUCAUGGAAAAAGAUUUGGUCAAAGAGAUGGACAAGUAUCCUUAUUUCAAGCCCGAGGAGAAGCAGGCACGCGUGAAUGCCAUUUUGAACAUGAUAGGGAGCGUAUCCUCCUCGCUGGAGGUGAACUUUCCUAUUGUAAGAAAGGAUGGUACCUAUGAAAUAAUCAGUGGCUAUCGAGCGCAUCAUGUACGAAAUCGACUGCCUCUCAAGGGUGGAAUUCGCUUUGCUAUGGAUGUGGACGAGCAUGAGGUGAAAGCCUUAGCAGCAAUUAUGACUUUCAAGUGCGCCUGUGUUAAUCUACCCUUUGGUGGAUCCAAAGGAGGAAUUCGUAUCGACCCCAAGAAAUACACGGUUAAAGAAUUGCAGACGAUUACACGUCGAUAUACCAUGGAGCUGUUGAAGCGGAACAUGAUUGGGCCCGGCAUCGAUGUACCCGCCCCAGAUGUUAAUACAAGUCCGCGAGAGAUGGCCUGGAUAGUAGAUCAGUAUAUGAAGACAUUCGGUCAUAAGGAUAUAAAUGCGGCAGCAAUUGUGACAGGAAAACCUGUCCACAUUGGCGGCAUCAAUGGAAGAUUCGCGGCAACUGGCCGAGGAGUAUGGAAAUCAGGCGAGUUGUUCGUGAAAGAUAAAGAGUGGAUGGAUUUAAUUGGAUUUGAGACUGGCUGGGAAGACAAGAAGGUCAUCGUUCAGGGUUUCGGCAAUGUUGGUACUUUUGCCGCCAAGUUUGUCCAUGAAGCAGGCGCCAAAGUAAUUGGCGUUCAGGAGGUUGAUAUGUCUAUAAUUAACGAAGAUGGCAUCGAUAUCAAUGACCUGAUGAAAUAUACUGCGGAAAAGAAAUCCAUAAAGGGCUAUCCAAACGCCCAGGAAACGCAGGAUAAUCUCCUCACUGCAGAGUGCGAUAUAUUGAUGCCAUGUGCUACACAAAAAGUCAUUACCAGUGAGAACGCUGGUGAUAUCAAGGCGAAAUUGAUAUUGGAAGGUGCUAAUGGACCAACUACGCCAGCUGGCGAGCAAAUCUUGCUGGACAAGGGGGUCUUGAUUGUUCCAGAUCUGUAUUGUAAUGCCGGCGGCGUUACUGUAUCCUAUUUUGAGUAUCUAAAAAACAUUAACCAUGUUACAUACGGCAAAAUGUCUUCGAAGAGAUCAUCACAGCUUAUUUUUGAGAUCGUAAACUCUAUCAAUGAAUCAUUUAGUCAAGGGGAUUGUAAUCUCCCCGAGGUCAAGCCAAAUAAACCACUGAAGAAGAUUCGGGACUGCACUCAUGAGGCUGACAUUGUAGACGCGGCUCUACAAACAAUUAUGGAAGCUUCGGUCAUUGGUAUCAAGGCUGCAGCUCACAAAUUCGAGCUGCGCAACGACUUACGAACUGCUGCAUAUAUCUGGUCGAUAUUUAAAAUUUUCCGCGCUUUGGAGAGCUCCGGCAUAUCGCAGCAGUAAAAAUUGAGUUCUUUUUUUAUUUAACCCGAAAAUUAAAAUGAAAAUGUUAUUCUUUUAAUAUUUAACCAUUGUGAGCUCAUCUAA